GAAGACUUUUUUUGGAGGUUAAAAUGUAAUCACAAAAAUCAUAAUAAUUGACAACAUUUUUAAAAUAUAUUGAACAAAUUGUAGCAAUAUAUUCAUAUUUCAUUAUAAAAGAUGCAGAAUAAAUCUUUAACGCCUUCAAAGUUUCAACCUUUACAACUUCCUCAGAGUCCUGUAAGCCUUUCUCCAAAUAAAAAUUUAACGGGAUCUGCUCGAGUCAUUAGGGAUAUAGUUGCCGAUAUUUAUAACAAUAUUCAAAAUUGGAAUAAUUAUCACAUAAAAGGUUCACAAGCUAUUAAACGAAUCAUUCUAUUGAAAUCUGAAAAUAUAAACAAAUAUUCUAACGAAUUAGAAGAUGCUAUAAACGACUUGUACGUAAUUACGAAACAUUUAAACACUUGUAAAGAAAAAUUGGAAAUUUAUAAAGAACAAAUAUUAGCAUUAAGUAAAACAGAAAAAAGAGUUGAUCCUGUAUUUAUUUCUUUAACUGUAGAAGAUAUGGUUACUUUGAUUGAAACUGUAGUUGCUAGCUACUCGGAAGAAUCCAAGGUUAAAAAUAUGGUUUUGGAACAUACAGCUCAUGUUAGAAAUGCAGAUGAAGCGAUGUUUUUUGCCGCUAGUUGGACGCUUCAACCCUAUAUCACAAACGACAUAAAUCUUAAAAUGGAAACAUUAUUAGUAGAAACUGGGCAUCGAAAAUUUAUUUGAUUCUAUCACAGAUUAUAGCCAUUUAUAUUUAUUUGUUGAUUUAAUAAAAUAUGAAAUUGCUAAAAAA